AUGAUCCUCAAGAAAUGGGAUAAGAGCAUCGAUUUGAAGAAAGAGGUAUUAGGAUCAAUUCCAAUUUGGAUCAAGUUAUUCGACGUACCGAUGCAUUGUCGUGGUACGUCCUCCAUAUCUAAGAUUUGUUCACUUUUUGCUAAACCAAUCCAUAUGGAUGAUAUUUCUCUGACUCGGGAAAGGGGUGCAUUUGUCUGUGUCACGGUAGAGGUUGAUGUUCAUGAGGAGCUACCUACAGAGUUGGAUUUUAAGGUUCAUGGUACUCUUUGUCGCAUAAGAGUAGAGUAUACUUGGAAGCCUCAGAUUUGUACUCUUUGUCAUGCUAUUGAUCAUGGGGUGAAGGCCUGUCCAAUGAAGAAAGUGGAUAAGAAGCCAAGUAAACCGACGCAGGUUUGGAGGAUUAAGAAAAAUGGUAAAGAGGUGGUUAUUGAUGAGAGUACUCAGUCUCCUCAAGAGAUAGUACCCAUGGUUGGGGAGAGUUCGGUGAUUGAGACAGAUGCUACUCGGGUUGUAGACCUUGAUUCCAUGGUGGUUGUUAUACAUGUACAGGAAGAUCACCAUGUGUAUGACCAAUUGCCUAAACCAACUAAUUCUCAUGAAGCUGUGGAGGAUACUGCAACUAUGGAUGAUAUGGAACUGACUGCAGCUAAGAAGAAGAAUAAUAAGAAGAAAAUAAAUGGUCAAUUGAACCAAAGGACUAGAGUUAAGAUAGACAAGUUUGAUUUGAUUACAAAUAAAAUCAAUGGUCGAUGGAAGUGGAUUAAUAACUAUUCUUAUCAUCAUUUGGGUAGAAUUUGGGCUGGAUGGGAUCCCAGCAAGGUGGAUAUUAUAAGGAUAAACACAAAUGAGCAGGCAAUGCUGUUGAAAGUACAGUCUUUAGAACUACAGGCUCUUUUUUGGAUGUCACCUGUGUAUGCAGCAAAUUCAGAAGCAGAGAGGAAACAAUUAUGGAGUACACUUCGCCAAUAUGCUACAAUAACUGAUGAGGCAUGGUUAACUAUGGGGGAUUAG